UUUGAAAGGAAGAUGUCAUCACACAUUUAGGGCUCACAAUAAUCAGUAAUCAGUAUUGAUCAAAGUAUUUUUUAUUGAUUAAAAUUUAGUACUAAGAAACAGGGUAUCAAUGUGACUUGAUUAACAAGGUUAACGUUGAAUUAGUUAAUAUAAAAAAAUAGUUAUGACUUUUAUUCUGUUUUGAAAAGGAUCAUGAGUUCGUUACAGUCUGAGAGUACAGCUGUUAAUCAAAGGAAUUUAGUAUUAUUCGUUAUUGAGGAUUUUGAGAGCCAACUGAAGUUGUCCAGCUCAUUACAACAUAAAAAUGAAUUUGAAGAGUACAAUAAAAAUAACCGUGCAACAUCUCAUCUCUACCAGCAAGCUCCUUACUCUAAAUUAUUUACAAUGAACCAAAAUAUUUUAAAUGAAAUAGAAAACGAAACAAGGAGGAUAGCUACUUCUGUAGAUUCGAUAACUGAAAAUUUAUCUGCUAUUCUUCACAGUGCGUCAGCGUUAACAGUAUGUUGCUUAGAAACAUAUAAAGAUGCAGUGUGUAAGACCUGCGACCAAAUUAAUGACAACAUUAAAUCUGUGUACCAACUAAUAGCCAAAUGUGAAGAACUAUCUAGGGAAAUGGAUGUUUUUUACAAAAUAGCUGAAAAAAUACGUGACAUUCAGCAGAUAAUUAAUGUAUUUAGUAAUUUUAUAAAAGAUAUUUACAAUCCUUACAUUUUAAGGAAAUUGAAUAAUAAGCUUAAAAAAUGCUGUAAGCGAAAAAGUAUCAUCUGGGAUAUCAAAUACACUUUUAAAAUGCACUGA